AUGAUGUUAUCCAACUCUGAACACUUAGUCCCUGUUGGCUCGAUAAAUGGUUUCACAAUUGACGGUGAUUCAAUCAUUACAACUAUACUAUUUGGUGAUUUAAGCGCCAUUCAAAAGUACAAUUCAAAACAUGAUGCAAAACUAAUUCAUUUAAAUACACCAAAAAUUAUUGAAUGUCGUCUAACAUCUGAUGAGGUAUUAGCUACUGUAUUACACAAUGACAGUGAUGAAUAUUCUAAGAUGGAUGAAGAACACAGUCAUGGAGGUGAUGGCGGUAAGAGUGACGAUGACGUUGUUAACUCCAAUAAAAUCAAUGGUGGCGCUGAAGUUGACUUCAGUAACCGUCAGGAAAUUCACUACACUGAGAAACUAACACUAUUAGAACAGAAUAUUCAACAAGACCAAAAGAAUCAGCAGAAAUAUACAGAAAAUAUAAAGUCGAAUACAUCGAAUCAACACAAUUCAACGUUUGCGAAAACCAACAACAUUCAACAUUUACAAGAUUCAAAUCAUCUGACUAGAGCUUCUUCAUAUCAAUUAGUAUUUGAUACAGAUAGUGAUACUAAUGAAGAAGAAAAUGGCGGAAUUGAUGAACAGAACGGAAUAUCGCCUUCUUUGAAGACAGAUAUCAACUUAACACUAUUCAAACAGAUAAGAGCUAAAAGUAUCCAGAAUCUUUUCACUCAUCAUGAGAAUUUAGAGAAUUUGCUUAGAAUUAUUCAAAAACACGAACAAAUUAAUGACAGUGGCAAUUGUAAUGCUGAUACACUAGAUCAAUGUUCAAUGGUUUCAAUAUCAAACAAAUCAUUACCAGAAUAUAGGGAUUACGCGGAAAUGAUGAAUAGCUCAGGUCAGUUAUCUAGAAAUUACUCUUCAUCACAACAGUUGGAACUAGUCAGAGAGGAGUAUGAAUUAAAUGAUAAUAUUGAUAAAAAUAACGGUGAAAUUGACAAGAUUCAUAAGAAUAUUAAUGUCAAAGAACAAGAGGCAACAGAACUAUACGCUCUUAACGACAGUAACUCAAAACAAACGUUAAAUCCUGUAGAAUUCUUGUCUAAUCUUGUUAAGUCAGUAACCGAGUUAACCGAGGAGAAAUCAGAAAUAAGUGAAAACACAGGAAUUGGGUGUGAGAAACAAAUUUUAAAUAUCGAUUGUUUAAAUAAUCCGCCAGAAGAAGAAGAAAGCGCUUCUCCUAAAUCGACAACAUUUAAACAAGCAGAUAGCAUGAUAAUUGAAUCAAAGAUACCUGUACUUCGAAAUGGUCUAUCUAAUACAUUAAAUGAUAAUUCCAAAGACUUUACAAGUAAGCCUUUCAAAUCAGCCUAUAAAGGUAGAUUCCAAUCGCGUGAAACUCAUUCUUAUCCAGAUUAUUGUAUGCCUUCAAAGUAUACAAAUACAUCAAAGAAACAAUCAGUAAUCCAUUCUAGAAUUCCGAAACCACGUUCAAUUUCCAGUGGUGUUGUACAUCAACAAAAUAAACAACUAAUGAAUGGUAAGGCAAAUUGUCCUCCUACAUCGAAUUCGAAACCUUCCACUCCUAUCACCUCUCCUAGACACAUAUCAAAUAAAACUUCAGUUAAUUCAGUAUUAAAGUCACAGAUUAAAAAUGGUUUAGAAGAAAACACUGUCUAUAAAAAUGGAAUUAAUGAAAACCACUCUGUAGUGAAUAAAAAAUCCCCUAGAACUACACCUAAAGAUACUACACCAGUUAACGGAUAUAAAUGUGGCAGAGAAAUUAGUAAAAGACGAUCUUUUGAACAGUCUCCAAUCAAAUCUGGAUCAUUGUCCCCAUCAUCUUGUUCAUCGUUGUCAUCAUCAACGAUUUCAUCACCUUCGCCAACAAAACCACCAAUAAACUCUGACAGAUUUGAAAGUGACAAAAAGGCGAAACUAAGAGAAGAACAAACAGCGUCAAUAAACUCAACAACAAGUCCUACACUGACAAAUGGACAUGCUAAACCACUAGAAAAACCAAUAUCAAAUGACAAUCUACAAAAAGUGAUCUUAAAUCAAUCGAAAGUAAAUCAACAGUGUAAUUUAAUUAGCCAAUGGAAUGUUACAUCCACUACUAAAUUAAGAGAAAGGGAUCCAAUUAUCUUAUCAAAUGGACUAAAUAAUCACCAUAGCAUACCGCUUUCACACCAACCAUUAAGUGAAAAUAAGCAUAUUUUAAACAAUGUAAAUAAUAUCACAACCAAUAACCAUAACACUAAAACCGAAAUAUUAAAGAGCGAUGUAAAACAAGACAAAGAAUUGACAAAUGAACAGUCAACAUUCAAUGUUCAAUCUAAUAAUUAUACAGAUUGUUUAAAUGAUACUAAAAAGCAAUUAAAUGAAAAUGGCGCUGUGAAGUCCAACCUAACACCGGAAGUGGAUGAAAUUAAAAAAGAUACAAUGAAUGGUUAUGCAAAACCUACACAGAAUGGCUUCACAAAUGGUAACGUCACUGAAAAUGGCGUCAGUAACCAUGGUAACAUUCAGCUAAAUUUGAAAGAAAAUGAUUAUUUAAAUUCACUGCCAGAUAACAAAUUACUCUCAACAUCGAUAUCAUUAUCGCCGUCAGCGUCAUCCCAAUCAGCCACAUGCUUAUCAAUGACUAGUCCAAUAGAUACGCUAACUACCUCCAUGACGUCUAUAACAACCGACUCGAUAAAAAAUGGUUUCCAACAAGAAAAGAUGAAAAAUUCUACAAAGUUUAUACAAUCUCCGAAGAAAUGGUUAACGCCAUGAAGAAACUCAACAAUCACAGUCACAAACUAGUUCAAUACAUAGUCGCAAAACUGUCGACACCACAGACAGCACACACACACACAUAUGCACAUAUCGCCAUAUCAUCAAAAUAACCAAAAUAUCACCAACCAUCUACAGCAACUUCAAUCACGUAAUCAAAUAUUCAGCGGAAUCUUAGAGAUUUUCAAUUAAUUAACAGACUGUAAUUAAACACUUUUCUUUGUUUUAUACUAUUCAUUAUCACCUCUUUAAUUUUCAAUCACUAGAUCGUCAAAUAAUCAAUACAAAAGAACAAUGAGAAGAACUUUUGAAGACAAGGAAUGAAUAAAUAAAUAAAUGAAUAAAUAUAAUACUCAUUAGUACAUCAAAAUUAUCUAAAAUUUCUCCAAUCGAUAUGAUUACUAUUUUCAUUUAAAACAAAAAGGAAAAGAAAAGAGAAUUCAAUGCUUACAAUCCAGUUACUUCGCCACCUUUUUUCUAUUUUUUUUUAAAAAUAGUGCACAUUUCAAUAAAAAUAACAAUCAACCAAUCAGUAUAAUUUUCAUUCCUAUUUGCUCAAUGUUCAAUUGCUGUAAUUGUUUUAAUCUUGUAUUUGCCUAAACUUAUAAUAUGUGUAAAUUUAAAUCAAUAUAUGUAAAGAUAUUUUUUACCGAACAUAAAGCUAGAUUAAAAUUAUCUAAUUGUAU